GGGAACGAGCAGCAUGAAGGUGCAUCAGUUCGCACGUGGACUCUGGGACUCUCCCACCACCAAUCUUGAACCUUCCCUCAGCCUUGGAUGCAAGCGCUUACGCCCUCUUGCUCCCAAACUCUCCGACACUGCUGCAACCACGGCUCUCGCUCCUUUCGAUCUCAAAAGCUUCAUCAGACCCGAAAGUGGCCCUAGAAACAAGCUUCCAUCUCCUCCUCAUGACCAUGAGAAGAAAGAUUCCUCCCCCUCUCAGGUAGAGAUGCACCCGGGAGGGACGCGUUGGAAUCCAACACAAGAGCAGAUAGGGAUAUUGGAAAUGCUGUAUAGAGGAGGAAUGCGAACUCCGAAUGCUCAGCAGAUAGAGCAAAUCACGGCUCAGCUUGGCAAGUACGGUAAGAUUGAAGGCAAGAAUGUCUUCUACUGGUUCCAAAAUCACAAAGCACGUGAAAGACAGAAGCAGAAACGCAGCACUCUUGGUCUCACCCACUCUCCAAGAACUCCGGCUCCUGUUAUUACCACCACCGGAGACGUAGUACUGGAAAGAGAGGAAGACAGUCCAUACAAGAGAAAGUGCAUGAGCUGGGCAUUUGAUUGCUUGACAGACGAUUCUAGUACUAUAACUUGUAACAACGACGUCGUUGAGGGAGAUAGAACUCUGGAGCUCUUCCCAUUACGCCCAGAAGGCAUGAAAUGAGCUAUGGACGAGACCAGCUAGCUAGCUUUAGUUUGUUUUCCACUACUAGUAUUAGUACUUCUACAUCGAUCUAAUCUCUUAAUUAGUCUGCUUUGACAUGCGUUUUCUUCUUUCUUAUGUUUCGGGAAAGAAGAAAAAGACAUGUAAUCGUGUCUUUUAUGUACUGAUAUAUUGAUCAUCUAUCUAUCUGCUAGUGCCUUUUGAAAACCAAAGCAACGCUUUGUCAAUUGUCACUAGUUAGAAUAGACUACUCUUUAUUCUAAGCAAGUUCUGAUCACUUUCUCU